CAGUACGAUUCCUGUGAAUAUCUAUGCAGGACAGCACGGAGCAGGGCCCAAAGGCUCGCCCGAAAACCAGUGAAAGUGGUCUAAAUAAAAUAUAGAAAAAUAUUUAAAAAUUCUAACGACUAAGAAUAUUUUUAAGAUUUUUUAGUCUUGAAUUGACCAAGUGAAAAUAUUAAUAUAAGUAGAAAAAUUAUUAGGCGGCCUGAGAAAAACAAAAUCAGCUGCCUGGGCGCAGCGGCUUCAGCUGCUCCAGCACUGCGCCGAAUCGAAAAUCUGUUGGCAGCAGCGAGACUUGGAGACUUGUAAACACAUUUUUAGGCCAUGUGCUAAAAGCCAGCUACUCGCUCUGCCCCAGCAACUGCGUCAGAGAUUUUAGCCAAGAGGCAAGAGCCAAGAGCCAGCAGCAAAGGUAAACAAAAACCUGUGCGCGUGUGUUUGCAUCAAUAAAACACCGGCCGCCCGAGCAACGUCAAGGCCUUUUGUCCGCCGCGUGACGUCAUCAUGGCUCCUGGCUGCUGCACCACACGCCCAACCGCCCUCCUCGCCCACAUCUGGCGUCACUGCAAGCCGCUCUGCCUCCUCUUGGUCCUCCUGCUCCUCUGCGAAACAGUCCAGGCCAAUCCGGAUGCCAAGCGACUCUACGAUGAUCUCCUCAGCAACUACAACCGCCUCAUCCGCCCCGUUAGCAAUAACACCGAUACGGUGCUGGUCAAGUUGGGCCUACGGCUGUCCCAACUCAUCGAUUUGAAUCUCAAAGAUCAAAUUCUAACGACCAACGUCUGGCUGGAGCACGAGUGGCAGGAUCAUAAAUUCAAGUGGGAUCCCUCGGAGUACGGCGGCGUCACCGAGCUUUAUGUGCCCUCCGAGCACAUCUGGCUGCCCGACAUUGUGCUCUACAACAAUGCCGAUGGCGAGUAUGUGGUCACCACUAUGACAAAAGCCAUCCUCCACUACACCGGCAAAGUGGUGUGGACUCCGCCGGCCAUUUUCAAAUCGAGCUGCGAGAUUGAUGUGCGCUACUUUCCCUUCGAUCAGCAGACCUGCUUCAUGAAGUUCGGUUCCUGGACCUACGAUGGUGAUCAGAUCGAUUUGAAGCACAUCAGCCAGAAGAACGACAAGGACAACAAGGUGGAGAUUGGCAUCGAUUUGCGCGAAUACUAUCCCAGUGUGGAGUGGGAUAUCCUCGGUGUUCCGGCUGAGCGGCACGAGAAGUACUAUCCCUGCUGUGCGGAACCGUAUCCGGAUAUCUUCUUUAAUAUCACGCUGAGGAGGAAGACUCUCUUCUACACGGUCAACCUGAUCAUUCCAUGCGUGGGAAUCUCAUAUCUUUCGGUGCUGGUCUUUUACCUGCCCGCCGAUUCCGGGGAGAAGAUUGCCCUGUGCAUCAGUAUCCUGCUGUCGCAAACCAUGUUCUUCCUGCUCAUAUCAGAGAUUAUACCCUCGACUUCGCUGGCACUGCCACUUCUGGGAAAAUACCUACUGUUCACCAUGUUGCUGGUGGGGCUGAGUGUCGUCAUCACGAUUAUUAUACUCAAUAUACACUACCGGAAGCCGAGUACCCACAAGAUGCGACCCUGGAUAAGGUCGUUCUUCAUCAAGCGACUACCCAAACUCCUGCUGAUGCGGGUGCCCAAGGACCUGCUGCGGGACCUGGCGGCCAACAAGAUCAACUACGGCCUCAAGUUCAGCAAGACCAAGUUCGGGCAGGCACUGAUGGACGAGAUGCAAAUGAACUCCGGCGGCUCCAGUCCGGACUCCCUGCGGCGGAUGCAAGGUCGAGUGGGGGCAGGUGGGUGCAAUGGCAUGCACGUGACCACGGCCACAAACAGAUUCAGCGGCCUGGUGGGGGCUUUGGGCGGCGGAUUGAGCACCCUGAGCGGCUACAACGGACUGCCAUCCGUGCUGUCCGGACUGGACGACUCUUUGAGCGAUGUGGCCGCACGCAAGAAGUAUCCUUUCGAGCUGGAAAAGGCCAUACACAACGUCAUGUUCAUACAGCACCACAUGCAGCGGCAGGACGAGUUCAAUGCGGAAGAUCAAGAUUGGGGCUUCGUGGCCAUGGUCAUGGAUCGCCUGUUCCUGUGGCUCUUCAUGAUCGCUUCCCUGGUGGGAACCUUUGUGAUCUGCGAGGCACCGUCGCUAUAUGACGACACCAAGGCCAUUGAUGUUCAGCUAUCCGAUGUUGCCAAGCAAAUCUACAAUCUAACCGAGAAGAAGAAUUAAAUUCAAGGGGAAAAAAAAAACCUUAAGCUUAAGACAAUUUCCUAGUUUAAUGCAGUGUUUCAGCAAAAUUGAUGCGAAUGGAAAUUAAAAUUAAAAUACGGUAUAAUAAAAACGUUGGCCCGAAAGCAGCCAAGCAAAAUGCUGAAA